AAUCGUAUCUACCUCCAGACAAAAAAAAAAAAAAAAAAAAAAGAAAAAAAAGAAAGAAGUCAAUCGCAGAGCCAACUUGGAGAAUUGCUCCUUUUUCCUCGGAGAUUGCUGCAAGAAGUGGGCCUGCAUCUGCUCUCCAAGCAAUACACAGUAGUCCUCUGCCUAUCAAAAGGAAGGUGAUUUUCUGUCACUAUUUUCUCAUAUGGGAGUCUAUCUUUAGAUCUAUGAUAUUCUCAGUGCACUUAUUCCCCCUUUCAAAUUCGAAAUGGAAAUCCAUUUAAAUGACCCAGUGACUUUUAACUUGCCUGUGCAAUAUCAAUUGGGGAAAAUCAUAACAGACCUGAUCCUGAAACUGGAAAAUAAAGAAUGCCCAGUUAGAUUCUCCCAUGACACAAACUGGUGACUCCAGCAGCUCGCUGCCCAGCAAACAGUUGGAUGCAGCUGUCUCAGAUAGAGACUUUAUACAACAAACACCACCUGUAGUAAUGCACAAGAAACCAAAGCAGGACUCUUCACCCAACAGAGGAAUCCUAGUCAAAAGCAUGCCAUGGGAGUGACACUGUAGAAUCUCUAGGAAAUCCUUCUUGUACUGAACAUCUCCUUAAUAUGGAACAGCUGAAAGGACCUCUCUGCGUUCCCAUAGCAGUAUCAUCUUUACAUGACCAUAAUUUCUCAGUGUGUGUAUAAGUGUCCCCCUAUUAGCAGUGGAUCCAAGCAGCCAAUUUCAACCAACUUUGAUUUUGAAAGGAACUAAAGAUAAUUUCAUUCAUUCAUUCAACAGCUGUUGAGAUAGGAAGCAGAAUUGAAAAGAGAGACCAUAUAAAUUUCUAAGCUUGGGGAAAGGCUGCAAAAAUUCAUGCUUUGUUAGACACUGUGUGUGCACAUUGUCUUCUCAGUUGGAGAAAGGUUUCUAGUAAAGCUGUCAGUCACCAGUGAGGAUCCUUGUCCAACAGGAUACUUCUGAUGGGGUUAAUUCUGUACCUAUGUGGGAAUCACAUGUGAAUUGGCUUCAAAACCAGUGCCCCAGUUCUCCCAAGCAGAAACACAGGAACACAUGUGACUGGUCUACCUCAGUCAACCACCCUUCAUCACCUGUCUUGUGCAGGAGCAACUUUAAGACAUAGAGGAUGAUCAAAUUGCAGUUCAAAGUCAUGCAGCGUUUAAUUUGAUUUUUAAGGUUUUCGGGUUUGAUCUCAGAAACUGUUUUCCAAAUUCAUAUGGGGGUGGAUUUUUUGUAACUUACAAUUUCUGUUACGAAAAGUGUUUUGAUUGCAUUUAUCUCAUACAUGGUGACUUAAAAAGUCUACAGCAAUUUGAUCUGGAGGCAUUUCAAGAUCUGGUUGAUGUCAGGAAUACUUUGAGGAGUCAGUUUCUGGAAUCUUAUCUGGAAAAAGGAAAAAUAAUUCCUCAUACUUUUUUAGCCUUCUACAGUUUCUUUUAGAAAUCCUAUGGGAACAUAAAAUGAUCGAAAAAUAGUUCAUUGAAGCACCUGGCAUCAAAGUUUUGCUGGUGGCAUCAUAGAGACAUGCAACCCCAGUGCCAUUGGGAGCACUGGAGCAGUUGAUGGAGGACUGCAGAACAUUAAAAAACCUUGAGCAGAAGAUAAGAAAGCUCUCGGUGUAAAAUUAAUCUGAGAACACCAGAAAUAACACCUGCAUGUUACAGGAUGAUGCCUUCAACGACUGGCUCCAUAACUACCCUAGAGAAGAUACCUUCUUCACACUGCUCAGGUCUACAUGUUGCCUUUCUGCCCAGCUACGAGAAUGGAAAGACUUCAACUGACCUCAGAAGGCUGCAAUGGAGAAAUGAGUUACUGAGGCUCCAGUAAGCAUUGAGGUAAACACCCUAAAUUCCAGUCUCUGCCCAUUGGAGCAAUCUACAAUUGUCACAUACCAUGGUAAUCAAAGAACGUGACAUCCAGGAGAAGAUUGACUUUGAGAUCCGGAUGCAUGAGGGUAUCUGCAAACUGCUGGCAGUGAGCACCCAGAAGGACCAGCUCCUGUGCGCAGUCAAGAGCCUGAUGGUCUGCAAUGCUCGGAUACGGGCGUACAGGACACAGCUACAGAGCCACGCAGGAGAGCCAGACCCGUGCAGAGCUGCAGAGCAGUCUUCAGAAAAUGGGACAAAAGACUGGGUGGCAUGCAGAGCAAAGGUUGCCAUAUCAGAUGUUCGGAUACCAUUGAUGUGGAAAGGCUCUGAUCACUUCAGCAAUAAAGAAAAAUCACAGCGCUAUGCAGUUUUUUGUUUGUUCAGAAUGGGAGCUGAGGUUUUUGAUACUGAGGUGACCAUUGUGGAUAAAGCAAUAACAGACAUCUGUUUUGAAAAUGUAACCAUAUUCAAUGAAGCAAGACCAGAUUUCCAGGUGAAGGUUGAAGUGUAUAGUUGCUGCACAGAGGAGUCUUUAUAUAUAACAAACACUCCUAAGAAGCUAGCAAAGAAGCUUAAAACGUCCCUCAGCAAAGCUACAGGGAAGAAACUCAAAGCUGCCCUGGAAGAAGACAGCAGUGAAUCCCUUUUGCCUGCUGACCCAGUCAUCCCUGAAGCAAAGUACAGUUUGCUGGCAUAUACUACUUUGGGACUGGAGAGUGCCGAGGACAAUUUCAGGACCCACAACCUUACCGUUACAGGAAAUGAGGAAUCCUCUUUUUGGCUCCCCCUGUAUGGAAACAUGUGUUGCCGUUUAGUUGCUCAGCCCUCCUGCAUGGCCAGGGAUAUGAUGGCAGGAUUUCUAAAUCAGCAGCAAACAGUAGGAGGUCUAACGAGCUGGCGGAGGCUGUAUUGUGUACUAAGAGGUGGCAAACUCUUUUGUUAUUACACACCAGAAGAAAUUGAGGCCAAGCUGGAGCCAGCAUUGACAGUUUCCAUCAACAAGGAAACCAGAAUUCGAGUUGUGGAUAAGGACUCCAGAAGGAGAACUAAUAACUUCUCUGUUAUCAACCCUGUGUCUGGAGAGGCUGUGACGCAACGCUUUGCUACUGACAGUAGGGAUGAACUUCACAAGUGGAUGGAGGCUUUCUGGCAGCACUUUUAUGAUCUGAGCCAAUGGAAACAUUGUUGUGAGAAACUUAUGAAAAUUGAGAUUAUGUCACCACAGAAACCACCUUUGUUCUUGACAAAGGAAGCGACCUCCGUCUACUCUGAUAUGAGCAUUGAUUCUCCAGUGAAACUUGAGGGCUUAGCUGAUAUCAUACAAAGGAAAAUUGAAGAGACUGAUGGUGAGUUCCUUCUUGGCCAGCAAAAAGAGUCUGCAUCUGUCCUAUGGGCUUCACUCUUCGAUGGAUCUCAUGAGAUGACUGUUCAGAAGAACACGCCUCUGGACCCAAAAGGAGGUACUACAAGUCCUAAUGACAGCAGAGGAAAGAAAAGAAGAGCUCCACCUCCACCCUCCCAUAAGUCACCAUACAGUGCAAAAGCACAGGUGAACACAGAGCAACUGUGCAAAGAAAAAUGGGGGAAGCCUGACCACACAUCUGCCAGUGGUUCUUCCCUUGAGUCAGUGUUGGCUACAAAAAUGCAGCAGCUGCAGACACCUGUUGCUGCUCCUCGCAAAAUCGGUCCUUGUAGAAAAAGCAGUUUAGCUGGUCAGGGGAACCCCAUUUCUCUGGUUAACAAGAGCAGGUCUGAAACCAAACCAGUACCAACCCCUAGACAGAAAGGCAUCACAGAACUGCUAGACCCUAGGUCUUGGUUGCAGCUAUAGAUGACAUAAUUAACUUACAGAGUCCCUGGAAUUUAAAGUUUCUCAGCCUUCUACUAAUACUCUUGGUAAAAAUAGAUUUUAGCAUAUAGCUUUUUUGUAUUGAGGCUACAGUGUUUUUCUGUUUGCCAGGGCAUUACUGGUAGCUGCAGUCUCAGCUGCGCUCAUUAGCACUCACAUCUAAAUAAUUGCACUAGAACAGGGGAAGUUCUCUCUAUCUGGAAUAACGGUGCUAUUUAGGAAAACAGUGGUUUGGUACUUUCCUCUUGAAAAACCAGCAGUUUUCAGGGUAACUUCAGUGUUCCCACAGCCCAGGUGUUACCGAUGCCUUCUAUCAGUCCCACAUCUUAGCCCAUCCACAGCUCCUGAGACUACUUCAAUUGGGAGUUCACACACAUUCAGCACAGAUCUUGCAAAGCCAAUUUUCUUGGGCUCCACACUUGGCUUAACCUAAAAUAUCCUUAUCUCUCCCUCAUUGUUUGGGAACCACUGCUUAUAUGGUAAUCUACCAUGAAAAGUUACUGUGCCAUUCUGAACACUCUGUAUGAAUUUCUGAGGCAGUUCUAUCAAUUAUUGUGGGAUUUCCCAAGUUCUUGCUGGUUCAUGUGCUGUCCGAAUGGGCCAGAGUUAUCUGUCUAUGAGCAAGGAUAUCAUCCAUCACUGCUGCUUAUUUUGGACUAACACUGUUCAAAAGCAGUGCUGUGUAUGAGCACUCAGGAUUUCAUCUCAUGGUUGUUUUUCCUGAUCAAUGUGGCUCUGUAGCACGGCUUCUCCUUUGUGGAGCCCCUCAGCUGCUCCUGGUAGGGAGCUGGUUUGUAAACAUGGCAAUGUUACUGGUAAACAAUCAGGGAUUUUCACCACUUGUUCUUUCUGCAAUAGCGGGGAAUAAAUACUUCAGGUGAAAAUACUGAACUUUGAUAUUCUUCCCUCAGACUGUUCACAGUUUUUGUAAGAUGUGUGGGUUGUCAGGGUUCCUGUGGCACCUGCAAAACAUCUAUUGCGUACAGAAAAUCUGUGUUCUUCUGGAUCCACAGCUUAAGUACCCAACCCUUUUCUUGGCUGAUGCAUCUAUCUGAAAUGCUGGAAUUCAUCCAAGAGCAAAGGUCUGCCUGCAGUUCUCUCUCUAGAGCCUUGGUACUCAGACCUGUCUUGAGAGGAUCAUAUCAGCAGCUGUAUACAUACAGUUCAUUAAUUAUUAUUUUUUUUCCUAAGUGUGGAUGGCUUUGGGAGCUUUACCGUUUCUCCAGAAGGUAGUGUGGGCAUGGUUGGUUGGUUUGGUUUAUCUAUUUUUUUGUCUUCUGCUAAGCUCUUGGCUGCACAGCUGUAAAGGUAUCUGCUGAAUUCCCCCAGUAGUUCAUUGGCUAUUUGGGAUAGGGCUUGAGAGGCAGGUUUCAUUUACAAAUCCUUCCACGGGAUUAAAGCCCUUUGUUUCUAGAAUGUACUUGUUCAUUCUUCAUUUAAUCACAUUCCAUUUUCCCUCCGAAACAACCAUAAUCAUUCUUACAGUAAAUCAUGCUGUUACUUAAGUGGAUGGUUUGCGAAUGGUUUAUAAAUAGGAACAGAAAAACUGAAGAAUAACUACAUGAUUAUGUAAAUCAGGCAGUCAGCUAAGUGGACUGCACAACUCUGAACAAGAAAUAAGAAAAAUAAAUGGGGGGGGAAGGAUAUUUUCCAAAAUGCAGCUUAUUUAGCUUUAAAUCUAGUCUUAAACGUUGCUGUGCUCUGAAAGAAAAAAAAACCUUUUCCUUGGUAACCCCAUUCCAUUUAGUGGUUAUAUUUAAAAAUAAAUCUCAUAAAUAUAUAAGGCAAGAAGGCACCAUAAUGAGGAUUUAUUUUUAAAUUCAACAGGCAAUUGAAUUUCAACGAGCAGUUUCUCUAUUAAAUUCGGUGGCUUUGUUUUGAACUGAACAUACAUAUUUUAGCAAGGCAUUUAAUAUUAAUUUGAAGUCUUCAAGUGAUGAGAAUUCAGUUAUGCCUCCUGUUGCAAUAGUUAAUUACCCCAGGUACAUUUUUCACUUGAUUUUCUAUUUGCAUUUCUAGCUCCACCUUAAGUUAUUUUGGUCUUUUUAUGCAUUUGAUUGCUUAUAUUGAUCUCUGUAGUAUCAGCUUUUCUAAUUGCUUGUGUGUAGCUGUAAAUCAUGAUUAUGUCCCUUUUAACCUUUUCUCUGAUGAGAUGUACUGAAUUCCUUAACUUUCUUGUUGCAGUGAAUGUUAUCCAAGACUAAUUAAUCUUCAUGUUCUUCUCUGUACUUCUCACGUAUAGAAAUAUUUUUAGGGCUGACAUCUGAAUGAGAUGCCACGUGUCAAUAGUGAUCCAUCAGGACUGUAUAGAGACACAACGUGAUCCUCUUACUCUGAUGAAUAUGUCCCUCUCCUCUUUCUUCAAAAAUUGCAUUAUGCUUUUUUUUGUGGAAGCAUUGCCUUGGAUGCUGACUUUUAUGGCUCAAGGCUUCUUCGGAGUCUUUCUUAAGAAUGCGGUACAUCAUCCUCUUAUUAUCCUACCUUAUAUUUUCUUAGAAAUACACACUGUAUUUUACCAGCAUUAAAAUACUGCUCAUGAAGUGAUCCAGAUUGCUCUGUAUAAGUGACCUGUCCUCGUUCUUUACUACUCCAGCAGUCUGCAUGUCCUUUGCAAGUUUAUUGCAAGUGAUUUUUACAGUUUCUUCCAGAUCAUUGAUUUUUAAAAUUGAAUGCAAGGCAAGGUUUGUAGAGAGAGGUGGUAAGUUUUUAUUACAUCAGUGACAUGGGUAGGGGGUUGGGGAAAAGGAAGCAGACAGGCCACUGAGUUGCUUUUAUCCCAGAGCCUUUAAAAAUUGAGUAAGAUGGAAAACAGCUAUACUUGUUGCUGAAUUCCUAUUAAUACUGUAUUUUGAAGUUAGUUUUCUGUCUUCAGCAUAACAUUCUAUAUUGAUUUGAUCUAGUACUGAUAUUUUUAGGGAAAUUACAUGUUCACUGGUUUUCAGUAAGUGACUUAGGGUUCUUGUGGGUAACACCUCAGUGCAGGUGUCUUUGCAAGCCAAGGUUACUAUAUCAGAAAGUGAAAUGCAACCUGUUGUUCAAGACCAGUUCUCCAUGAAGCUGUGUUUAUUUAUAUUUUAUAUCUAUCCUUAAAUUAGACUCAUGUGGGCCAGUUCAUGAUGUUGCUGUGAUCACCACUAAACAAACUAGGCCAUUAAUUACCCUAAUCAUCCUGCUUCAGAACUAUAAAAUCCCUAUUAUGAAGCAACAGUUGACUUCAGGUUUUAGUAUUUAUUGUUGCUGACUUAGUCUUCCUUUUUUUCCCCCUCUUCUGUAUUGCCAUUAUUGCCUUUGCAUUUUCUGUUAAGCAAGGUGGUUUAACUAAUAAAACCUGCAGGCUACCAACCAACACUGGUCUUAGCUGUACAGUAAAGUCAGUUUUAGGAAAUACAUUUGUACUCAGCUUUUGUCUAUGCAAGAGAACAUAAAUAUUAGUAAUAAAAGCAGAGCACAAUUUUAGGAAUAUAAUUAGAAGAUACAUCUGUGAGGAAAAUUGAUGGGUUUUGUCUUUUCCAUAUAGUUUCAAACUGUAGUACUUUAUUACUGGUACUGGUCUCUUUUCAUUGCAUAGACUUCUUCAGAAAUUAGAACUAUCCCUUUGGGUAUUUUCCACAAGUUUUCCUGACCAUAGUGAGGAUGAAUAUUCAAAACAGGAAUUAAGACCAGUAAAACACCGUAGUGUUUUAGAUUUGGGGCUGAUUCAGGUCCCAGGCUGUGAGGUUUGAAGGGUGAUGGUCAUUGAAUCCCAUCUAUUGGCAGCACAUGGAGCUAGGGAACUCUUGACUUUUGUCCUUCCAAGGGGAGGUGAGGGGAGUCAAGAG